GUAUACUUGCUAGCACCAUGGCGUGUGAGGGCUUGGUGGACUGGAGGGGGAAACCCAUCAACACAAAGGUUCAUGGUGGAGUCCGAGCAGCAUGGUAUCUUUAUUUUCUCAUUGUAGUGAAUUUCUUGGUGCACGUGCCAAACAUGCAGAAUAUGACAACAUAUCUGCGUGGACCAAUGCAUAUGGGAGUAUCUGAUGCUUCAACUACAUUUACCAACUUUAUUGGUGCCAUGUCUGGAUUUGCUUUGUUGGGAGGUUUUCUCUCGGACUCCUACAUCACUUGCGCCAGAACUAUGCUACUCUCUGUGCCACUAGUGAUUUUGGGCUACGGAUUGCUCACUCUGCAAUCCCACUUCCCUUCGCUCCACCCACCCCCCUGCAACGACUCCGAUUCCGAAGCAAGCAGUUGCAGGCAGGUCGAUGGCUGGCGGUCGACGCUGCUGUACACAGCGCUGUACAUCAUCGCGCUCGGAGAGGGCGUCAUGCGCGCCUGCAUACCUGCGCUUGGUUCCGAUCAGUUCGACGGCGACAACCCCUCGGAGGCCCGGCAGCAGUCGAGCUUCUUCAACUGGUUCACCUUCUGCCUCUCCGUCGGCUCCGUCGCCGGCCUCAUCCUCAUCGUGUGGCUCGAGAACACCAGAGGCUGGGACGUCGGAUUUGGCCUCAGCGCCCUCCUGAUCCUCAUCGCUUUGCUCGUUUCCGCCGCCGGCCUCCCUUUGUACCGCAACCGUGUUCCUCAGGGCAGCGCCCUAACUCGAGUCCUGCAGGUUUUUGUUGUGGCAUUCAAAAACAGGAAGCUUGGCCUACCUGACAAGAUGGAGGAAACACAGCAAAAUAGCCAUGAAGUGGAUUCUCAAGAAGUACCAUGCCCUACUACUAAUCACAGUCUAAAAUUUCUGGACAAAGCCUGCUGUGCGAACACCAACACUGGGAGAGACGAUGGACCUUGGUCAGUCUGCAGCGCGGCAAAAGUAGAGGAGACCAAGAUCGUUCUACGCAUGCUGCCUCUCGUCUUCAGCUCGACGGUGGCGCACGUAUCGACGCCUCUGCUGGUCGCGUUCACCAUCCAGCAGGGCAUGACGACGAACACGAAGCUGGGGAAGGUGCACGUCUACCCGGCGAUGCUCUUCAUCGUCCCGUCCAUCUUCCAGACGCUGAUGCUGGUGACCUACGACCGGGUGCUGGUGCCGCUGGUGCGGCGGCGCACGGGGUACACGGGCGGGAUCACGCAGCUGCAGCGCGUCGCCGUGGGCUUCCUGGCCACGACCGUCGCCCCGGGCGUCGCGGCGGUGGUCGAGAGGAAGAGGAAGGACACGGUGGCGGCCGGCGGCCAGAUCUCCAUCUUCUGGCUGGCGCCGCAGUUCUUCCUGAUCGGCGUGGCCGACACCACCUCCUUCGUGGGGUUGCUCGAGUUCUUCACCGGCGAGGCGCCCGACGGCAUGAAGUCCAUCGGCGUGGCCUUCUUCUGGUGCCAGGCCGGGAUGGCGUCGCUGCUGGGCACGCUGCUGGUGAGGCUGGUGAACAGGGUCACCCACAGCGGCAGUGCCCCUGGGUGGCUGGAGGGGAAGAACCUCAACAGCAGCCACCUUGAUCUCUUCUACUGUGUUGUCACGGCUGUGUCGUUUCUUGGAUGGCUCAAUUACCUCUACUGGGCUAAGAGGUACAAGUACAGACAGGAUCCACGGAUUUCCACCAAGUCCCCCGAUGAGGACGACUCUACUAUGCCUUGAACUUGAAAGCAUGGCUAUGGUGAACCGUGAAUAUACUGCUCUUCCCUCUCAAAGUGAUCUAUAUGUAUCGCCUAUUUAGUUCACUGUCUGUAUAGUACUCUGUACCAUGAGUUCCAAGGCAAGACCAUCAAUAAUGUGAUGUGUGCCGUGUUUGUCUUCGUACUACCUACUCGUACUGCAAAACCGAUUUUUUUUCUUC